GCAUACUUGCCUACAGAACCAACCAUUCUCUGGCCGUCCGAGCGUCCAUAUGGAAAGAAAGCGACCAACUCAGCCAACCUCAGGACCAAAACUAAUGAGCCUUCACAUCCACUCAUUCACCCCAUACACAAAAACGUAUGAUCCAUUCAUUCAAAAUGCAUGCAGGAUCGACUGAGACACGCACCGACACAUGCCCGUGACAUACACGCACAAACACACACACACAUUCACGCGCCUCCCUCCACUUCCACAUUGCGCGUGCUGCCUGCAUCCCCCUCUCGACACACGACUGACUGGCUGAGUGUCUACUUUGGCACUGGUGCUAUGUGUCUGGCUGCCUCGAGCCUCCGCUGCAUCGCCCGAAACUGCUUGAGCUUGUCAGGCUCCUCCAGCAAAUCCCGAAAAUUCUUCAAUACCUGUGCAAACACACAUGCACACUCACACGUGUCUGCUCACGCGCCUACUCGCCCACCCAUUCUGGCAGUCUGCCUGCGCCGCGUGGCAGAUCCAUCAAAGCUUUGACAGAUGGCAGCAACAGGGGCACACACACACACAUAUAUGUAUAUAUAUGUAUCGACAGAGAGGGCUGCAGGGAUGACACGAGUGACCGUCUGUGUGGCUAUAUGCGAGCCUACAUUGAACACGUAUGUGCGGAACACAUUGGUUGCGAUCUUUCCACGCUCCACCUGACGAUCACCGAAGCUGCUCACAUCGCAUCACAUCACAUCACAUCACAUCACACCACACACACUGGAGGAAGCACGAUUGCUGAUUUGCUGCCCUCGGUGUGCUGCUUACGCCACGAAUUCGGUCAAAAGGUGGACAAUGGUGUUGUAAAAGUCCUCAUCCUUGAUGCAGACCUCGCCUCUGGCGUGCUUUGCCAGCAGGUCACAUAGCACACGCACCACCGACUUGUCACACGCAACCUGCACACCGCACACACACACACACACACACACUGCUGCCACACAAUAAUCACCAUAAUGUCGGUGGAGCCGCUGUCUGUCGGACCUUGUCGACUCGCAUGGCGAUCCUGUAGAGCAUGUCAAGACACUCGUAUGUCGCCUUCUGCGUGGCGGCGCCGAAACCCACCAUCAUCACAAGCUUACUGUCGUCCUCAUCAUCAUCGCUGAAGCCGCAGUGCACUUGUGUGGCCGCCUUGACGCAGAAGAGGCGAUCGUCGCCCAGCAGAGUGACGAGGGCCUUCACGUAGCCGGCGUCGACAAGAGCGUGGACGUGCUCGUGUGCAUCCCGGUUGAGGGCUGGAUCUGAACCCCAACACACGAUGCAUCGAUGGAUGGAUGGAUGGAUGGAAGUGGUAUGGAUGUACCUGAGAGGUGCCGGGCGACGGCGAGCGGCAUGGCGAUACCGAAGUCGACCUUGUUGCGGAUGCUCUGGGAUUGCUGAGCAGGGCUCAUGACUAGCAUGGUAGGCUCAUCCCCCACUCCCAGGUCGAUUGCGAUGUCGGUGCUGCCGAGCAGCGUGGCCAUCGUCUGCAGCGCCGACCCAUUCGACAGCAGCACACGGACAGGCUCGCGCAUCACUGGAGAAACAGACGGAGACUUCACUGAUGGGCAGGCAGUGUCGGUCUCUCGGCUCACUCACCCUCAUCGAUGUGCAUUUGAGUGUCCUUGGGAGGGAGAGGCAGCGUGUUGGGUCGGUAGGGGAUGUGGGCCAAGUGGAAGAUACACCCGAUCAGGCUGGCCGCCCGCCGCUUGAUGCUGUCGUCCUCACUACUGGUGAGCUUCUCGACCAGAUCAGAAAGGUGCGGCACCAGAUGCUCCUCGAUCGCUGCCAACACCUCCUUGUAUCGACCUGACGACGACACACGCAAUCUUUUGCACAUCAUAAGAGCCACGUGACUGUCCAACUGGCGCACGUACCGGUCACGACUGCACAGAUUGUGUUCUGCUGUGCGGUGAUGAAGGCGGAGACUGACAGAAGGUCCGCAAAGUACUUGAAGGGGUAGUCUCCCAGCCGUUUGCCGAUCGACUCGUCCACAACGCCCAGCUGCAUCGACACACUCAGCUGCCGCAUCCGGGCGCCGACAGGGCAGGAUUUGGCGGCCAUGGGCAGGUGGAAGCUAGCCAGGAACAUGAAAGCGGCGCAAUUGUUCAUCGUGGGGGAGUGGUACAGAAGGGCCUCAGCUCGAUGCAGGAGGGCUUGGUGGUUGGCCAGGACGACCUCACGAUAGUCGGGGCCGCCUGCCUUGAUGCGUCUGUUGGCCAUGGACGGGGUAUACACAGAACCCCAGUUGUCAGAUGCCGAGAGCAGGAUGCUGAAGAUGAUGUCGUCCGUCUCCGUCUUGCAGGGGUCAUCAGGGAGCAGGUCUUCGAGGGCUGCCAGCAAGGGCUCGACCGCAGCUGGCUCGGACGCGAAUAGGAAGGGGUAGCCGGCCCGGAGCAGCUUGUCCAAUGCGACGGCCGCAGCCUCACGACAGGAGCGAUGGACAGUGCCCUGCAAUGAACACAACACAACACACAUAAGCACGCACAGAAGGGCUCGUUCCGACGCCAGUUGUCAUUCAUUCAUGAGUCUGGAGAUGCAAACCUGCAUGAUUGCGAGUAGCGUCUGAUGCAGCGGGGGCUCACUCUUGGCGACAUCCUGCAGCACGGUUGUGACCUUCUCCGCCCGGUCGGUGGCCUUGUCAGCAGCUCCUUCAUCCUUGGCCUUGGUGAGUAUAGAUGUGAGCUCGCCAAGCAGAGGAAGCGCAGCGUCAGGAUCACCAUCAGGAUGCUGCGAGGCCUCACGCAGCUUCUUGCCGACGGCACUCAGUUCAUUCGCCAGAGAGGUGGCUGCUGUCAUGCUGGCAGAUCAGGGAGGAUCAGCAGAGAAAGAGCCUCCAGCUUUCUUCUCCUUGC